AUGAUAAAUAAUGUCAUUUCUGAAAAUUCUGGGCAGAGAGAAAAUCAAAAUGGUCAUGAACAGAUUCAGUUCAGCACACUGGGAAUGACCAUGCCUUUGAUGCAAAGUGGUUCAAUGAAUUUAUUUCCUUCAAAUUCAACCACUGAUAUUGAUUUACAAUCAAUUAGGCAACAAAUUGAUGAGAGUAAGUACAACAUGGUGAACAUGUUGACACAACAGAUAUCAACUAUGCUUAAUCCUCUCAUUCAAAAUACUCAACACUUGACUCGACAAUUGUGUCGAAUUGCUGAUGUUUUUGGAGCACCGCCUUUGAACCAAACGUUCCAGCAAGUUCCUGAUUAUGGUCAAAGUGUGCCUCUAAAUUUUACUCAACAUGAAGUUCAGAAUUUUAGUCAAAAUGAGCCUCAAAAUUUGCCUCAAGUUUUAAAUCAUCAUGGUUUCAAUGUUGGAUAUGUCGAUCGUCCAAAUUUCACGUCUCCGUUUUCUGAAGUAGUUCUUCAAGCAGAACUCCCAAGGGGAUGGAAGGUUCCAAAAGUUACUAAAUUUUCAGGAGACACAGGUGAAUCGACUGUUGAGCAUAUUGCAAGGUACCGACUUGAAAUUUGUGAUCUUGCUAACAAUGAACUGUUGAAAAUGAAAUAUUUUCCAAGUUCCUUGACGAAAAAUGCUUUCACUUGGUUUACUACUCUACCUCCUAAUUCGAUCCAUAAUUGGAAUGAAUUGGAGGGGGCUUUUCAUGAGCAAUUCUUUAGAGGAGAAACCAAAGUGACAUUAAUGGACUUGGUUAAUGUUAAGAGACAGCCGAAUGAGUCAAUAGAUGACUGCUUAAUUCGAUUUAAGCAUAUGGAAACUAGAUGUUCUACUCAUGUGCCUGAAUUCGAAUUAGUAAAAAUGGCUAUUGGGGGCCUAGACUAUUCGAUUAAAAAGAAUUUGGUUAAUGAUGAGUUCAUAGAUAUGACUCAAUUGGCUCAUAAGGUUAAAAGGGUAGAGAAACUAAGGCUUGAGAAAUACAAGCCUGAAGAAGUUUUUCAAGGAGAAGAAAGUUCUUGCAUAAGAGCCACUCAAAAUCCUGAAAUUGGUCAAGAUGAAAUUGAUCAAUCUGAUGAGGAUAGUUAUAGUGAUGAGAAUGAAGUGAAUAUGGCUGAAUUUAAGCCAAAGUCUCCUUAUACUUAUGAAGAUGAGAGCAAAGGGAAAUUUCCAGCAAAAUCCUUCAAAGGAUUGAAGACUACAAGUGACUAUAAGAAGGUUAUGGUGAAAUGGAGCCAGAAUUUGCCAAGGACCUCAAACCCAAAAGGGAUUGGCUGA